AGGAACCACCACCAUGUUGAGACCAGGACUCUUUUCACGUAUGGUGAGUCUGAGCAUAGGGGCGGCCAGAUUCAUGAGCACAACAAGCUUCGCACGUCCUUCCUCUGGGAUGAUUUUCCCUGGGUUUAAACUCUUCCAGACCGUGAAACCACUGUUGAUACUGAGUCAAGUGAAUACCAAUUGGGACUGGGACACUCCUAAUCCAAUCUCCGAAGAAGACAACACAAUGUACAUGGACUCGGUGAUGAGAAAGAGAAGAUUGAAGAUGAAGAAGCACAAGUUAAGAAAGAGAAGAAGAGCCCAACGGGCAUUGAUGAAGAGAUUGGGGAAGUAGAGGUAUAUACUGUAAAUAGAAUGCAUACAUUAAUGAUUCCAGAAACCAGAACAAAACAGCACUAAGCAUG